CAACGCAAUUGGAGCCGGCGCAGCUGGCACCGCUUUAGUAGCGAGCAGUUCGACUUUGAAGGGUAAAAAGACUAAAGCCGAUGAUGGUGGCAUGAAAAUUGUUUGCUACUAUACAAAUUGGUCGCAGUAUCGCGUGAAGAUCGGCAAAUUUAUGCCAGAAGAUAUACCCGCUGAUUUGUGUACGCAUAUCAUUUUUGCCUUCGCUGGGUUGAAGAAGAAUAAACUAACCUCCUAUGAGUCAAAUGAUGAGACCAAAGAUAAUGUGCCCGGUUUGUAUGAUCGCAUGAUGGCACUGAAGAAAGUCAAUCCGAAAUUGAAGAUCUUAUUGGCUUUGGGCGGUUGGUCAUUUGGCACACAAAAAUUCAAGGAUAUGUCCUCUACACGCUAUGCUCGUCAGACCUUUAUCUACUCGGCCAUACCAUUCUUGCGUAAACGUGGCUUCGAUGGUUUGGAUAUGGAUUGGGAGUACCCGAAAGGUUCGGAUGAUAAGAAAAACUUUGUGCUGUUGUUGAAGGAAUUGCGUGAAGCUUUCGAAGCCGAGGCGCAAGAGUUGAAGAAACAACGUUUGCUGCUCUCCGCUGCCGUGCCAGUCGGUCCCGAUAAUGUACGCGGUGGAUAUGAUGUACCCGCCGUGGCUAGUUACUUGGACUUCAUAAACUUGAUGGCGUACGAUUUCCAUGGCAAGUGGGAGCGUGAGACUGGCCACAAUGCGCCGUUGUAUGCACCCUCUACAGAUUCGGAAUGGCGUAAACAAUUGUCUGUGGACAAUGCGGCUGCCAUGUGGGUUAAAAUGGGUGCACCAAAGGAGAAACUCGUGAUUGGUAUGCCAACAUAUGGACGUUCAUUUACCUUGACUCAUACCGAUAAACAUGGCCCAAAUGCACCUGCAACUGGCGGCGGCCGCGAGGGUGUGUACACCAAGGAAAGUGGUUUCCUGGCCUAUUAUGAAAUCUGUGAGUUGCUACUGAAUGGCGCUGUCUACGUCUGGGAUGAUGAAAUGAAAGUGCCCUACAUGGUCGAUGGUGAUCAGUGGGUCGGCUUUGAUGAUGAGCGCGCUAUACGCAACAAAAUGCAUUGGAUCAAAUCGAACGGCUUCGGUGGUGCUAUGGUCUGGACGGUGGAUAUGGAUGAUUUCAAGGGUGAGGUAUGCGGCGGAAAAGUCAAAUAUCCAUUGAUUGGCGCUAUGCGCGAAGAGUUAUUGGGUAUUUCGCGCGGUAAAGAGGCCAAGGAUGUUAAUUGGACUGCGGUUGCGGUUACAUACGAGGACUUAGACGAGGAGGAUAAACCAGAGCCAAUCAAGAUUGAUGUUGAGGAAGUGCUCAGCAAGGUGCGCAAGCCGGCGAAGAAGCAACGCAUCAAGUCGGGAUUGCUCGCCAAGGAGCAAAAUACACGCCCGGCGCAAGUUUUCUGCUAUCUAACAAGUUGGUCUGCCAAGCGACCAGGCGCUGGCAAAUUUUUGCCCUCAAACAUUGAUCCUAAACUUUGCACGCACGUAGUUUACGCCUUCGCCACACUCAAAGAUCACAAGCUAAGCGAGGCAACAGACGAUGAUCCCGAAAACUACGAGCAAGUCAUCGCACUGCGCGAAGAGAACCCCGAUUUACAAGUUCUGUUGGCCAUCGGCGGCUGGGCUUUCGGUUCGAAGCCAUUCAAAGAGCUCACUUCGAAUGUCUUCCGAAUGAAUCAGUUUGUUUAUGAAGCCAUUGAAUUCCUACGCGACUACAAAUUCAAUGGACUCGAUGUAGACUGGGAGUAUCCACGUGGUGCUGAAGAUCGUGCUGCCUAUGUGAAUCUGUUGCGCGAGUUGCGUAUUGCUUUCGAGGGUGAAGCGAAAUCAACCGGUCUACCGCGUCUACUCUUGACCGCUGCAGUGCCAGCUUCGUUCGAAGCAAUCGCUGCCGGUUAUGAUGUGCCUGAAAUCUCGAAAUAUCUCGAUUUUAUUAAUGUAAUGACCUACGACUUCCACGGCCAAUGGGAACGCACUGUUGGACACAAUUCACCGCUCUUCCCCUUGGAGGCGACAACGGGCUACCAAAAGAAGCUGACUGUGGACUUUAGCGCACGCGAAUGGGUGAAACAAGGUGCGCCCAAGGAGAAGUUGCUCAUCGGCAUGCCGACUUAUGGACGUUCAUUUGAGUUGGUCAAUGAGACACAAUUCGAUAUAGGCGCACCAGCGUCCGGUGGCGGCAAACCGGGUAAAUUUACGAAUGAGGCUGGCUUCUUGAGCUACUAUGAGGUGUGUUCAUUCUUGGCGGCGGAAAAUACAACGCUCGUAUGGGACUCUGAACAGCAGGUGCCAUUCGCCUAUCGUGGCAAUCAGUGGGUGGGCUUCGACGAUGAACGUUCGCUGAAGACGAAGAUGGAGUGGCUGAAGGAACAAGGUUUCGGUGGCAUUAUGGUUUGGUCUACCGAUAUGGAUGACUUCUCUGGCCGCUGCGGCGCAGGCAAGUAUCCGCUUUUGAAUGCCUUGAGUGACGAAUUGAAAGAAUAUAAAGUGGAAUUGGAGUAUGACGGUCCCUAUGAGUCGCAUGGGCCACGCGGCGCCUACACCACAAAAGAUCCUCACGAAGUCACCUGCGAGGAGGAAGAUGGUCACAUUAGCUAUCACAAAGAUUGGAGUGACUGCACUCACUACUACAUGUGUGAAGGUGAACGCAAACAUCAUAUGCCAUGUCCUGCCAACUUAGUUUUCAAUCCACAAGAAAAUGUCUGCGAUUGGCCCGAAAAUGUGGAGGGUUGCCACGCGCCGACAGAAGCGCCUGCCUAAAAACUACAUAUAUUCUUAAAUUGCUUUGCUGUUAUGAAAUAUUUACUAACUUAGAACAAAAGGCGCGAAUUU